AUGUCCAGUACAUUGUCCCCACCACAUAAAAGCGGGUACGCAUCUCCAGCCCCAUCAUCUGCAACCCCGCCAAUCACCAAACCUAACGCACCUUCAAAACCUAAACCCACUAAUGUAUUCUCUAACGAUGGCUCUUUCUUAGAGCGCUUUCAGAGAAUUAAGAAGGACGAAGAAGAGACGAGGAAACAGGAGGAGAUUUUAGCGAGGUACGCGAAACGCAAUUUUGACGAACGCUUUAAAAAGCGGGGCAAACGCCCUCCGCUUGAUGCUUCGAAUUCAGAUUCUACUAUAGAACCUUCGAGGAAAAAGCGCAAGACGGAUGAACCCAUGACAUCGUAUCAUAACCAAGUCCGCAACUACGCAGAUCGUAGUUUGAAGGAUGACGGGAUCGGCGUCAGACCAUUAGUCAAGUAG